AUCAUUCUCUAUUCCUUCACUCAAGAAACCGAGACAUAAUAACCCUAAAUAAACCACCCAAUCUCUAUUCCUUCACCACAACGAUGAACACUCCCUAAGGCAGGCCUUCGAUCGAUUCUUUGCGAAUAACCCUCACAGCUGCGAUUGUCACACCACUGACAACUCUCCAUCGUCUGGGAAGAACAGCACCAGCCUCAAUAAGCUUUACCCGUCCUCUUCCUUCGUAUGAACCCUAGCCGCCAGAACCAUUCGUGUACCUGAUCAACUUGGCAAACUCUGUGAGGCUCAGGGGAUCGAGUGUGCAGUGGUCGGGAUAGUUGGAGAACCGAGUAUCCUUGGAGUCCGCUUUGUGGUCACGAUUCCGACAGCUCGAGCCUGUCCAGUAGCUAAGGUGAAUCAUAGCAAGUCACGGCCGACCACCAGACUGUGGCCUCGCAUCUAACCGCACCUCUUUGGCUCUCUAGGACUCUUCUCUGUUAGCAGGAAGCUGCUGAGAUCCUGAAGCUCCUCAAGUCAUCUUGGUCAAUGUUAGGCAUUACUCAGAAACUCCAUAAUGUGAUAUAUGCAGGGGUGUGAUUUUUCAACGGGUAGACAUGUUAUGCAUUCGAUGAGGCAGUACUUUUAAACUACUCCAUUCCUGAAAUGCUGAUAGUUUUGUCUACUGAAGUUGAGGACCAUAUGGAAGAUAAAUAUAUAGAUGACCUAUUAUGUUUCACUACCUGGAAUGGCUGUCAAACUACAUUUUCAAAAGGUAAUUUGUGUUAUUCACUUAUUUCCCAGCUAUUUUGGUUUGUUUAUAGUAUUUUGAAUUUCUACUGGGAAGUCUCUGCCAAUCAAUUUGUAUUGCCGGACACACUGAUUCUCUUGGCAAGCAUUUGGGUUACUUUUUUUUAUACUACCCUACUAAUAAAGAAGCCACUUUAUGUAAAGCCACUUUUUGAAUUUAGUUGAUUUGGCUGGGUCAGAGAACAUUUCAUGCUCUGGUGCUAGGGAGGUAAAGUGCUUAAGGCUUUAAAAGGGUCGUGCAAGAGAAGCUGGAGAGAUAAAUAAAAGCCUACUUACACUAGGAAGAGUGCUCUCGUGGAACACUUGGGGCAUGUUCCCUACAGGGACAGCAAGCUGACGAGACUACUCUGAGAUUCACUUGGAGGGAGAACAAAGACAUGCAUUAUUGUUACAGAGUCACCUUCUGAUCAUUGUCUUGAAGAGACCCUGAGCACUCUGGAUUAUGCUCACAGGGCCAAAAAUAUAAAGAAUAAGCCUGAGGUAAACCAAAAAAUGAUGAAGUCAACUCUUAUCAAGGAUUUUUAUGGGGAAAUUGAGCGGCUUAAAUCAGAGGUUUAUGCUGCUCGUGAAAAGAAUGGUAUCUACAUACCAAAGGAGCGAUAUUAUCAGGAGGAGAGUGAGCGAAUAAAGGUUGUUCUCAAACAUAUAUUGGUGGGGAAGAUAUUGCUACUCAAACAUAUAUUGAAAGGUUGUUCUCUUCCCACUCAUAAGGUUCAAGAAUUCUGCACUUUUUUAAUCAUUAGUCCUUUUGAAAUUCUGAACAACAUCCUUCCAAAGCCCAUUUCAUUAAUUCUGAACAAAUUCAUCUUACUUUGAUCAUGUCCUUUUCCAGCCCCGGAAUGUGCUCGCUAAAAUCAAGGUGGCAGUAUAUAAGAUCCUUCUCCGUAUUUAUCCUACUACUGUAAUUGAUUUUUAGUUGCUGGUUUGGUUAAUUUUUGAUUGUUGGGUGAUUGAUUUUACUUCCGGGUUGGCUGGAUAGCUAGUGAUGCAUGCUAGUUUUGAUUAUGGGUAGUUGUGUAAUCCCAGGUGGAUUAUUUGGUUUGCUGAUUUAUAGCAAUUCUGCUUGCUGCCCACAGUUGAAUUUUGGGUUACUGUUCUCUUUUGCUUGAUGGACUGAUUUAAAUUUCAUUCACCUUUCCAAGUUAUAUUCCCUCCUGGCCAGGAAGACAAAUGUUUUCUAUGUGGUCAAAUGGGCCACAGAGCAGAAGAGUGAAAGAAAAGCGAAGAGAAAAGAUGGAUAGUUUGACGAAAACGGAGACACAAAAGUGGUGGGAAAAAACCCUCAAAAGGUUGAAGAGGUACGAAUAAAAGAUUGAAGCAAAGGAAAUCACUGACCCUGGAUCAAGGUUAUGUGUGAUUCUGAUGGAGUUGGCAAAGAUUGAAGCAAAGGUUUCAUUCUGUGCAAGACUGCAAAAGAAGAUAUGUGAAGGCCCUAGAAAAUGUGGUGUAAAAGUUAGACUUGUUAGCGUUUUGUUCUUGUAUAUUAGUUGUUGUUUCGGGGUGUGCCCCCAUGAAUUAUGUAGUAUGUACAUUCACAUUUAUGUGAGAAAUUGAGAUAUAAAUAAAAAUAUUUGAUUUUUGGUUAUUUAUUAGUA